AUGACUGAUGGAGACUAUGAUUAUCUGAUCAAACUCCUGGCCCUUGGAGACUCUGGGGUUGGAAAAACAACGUUCCUGUACAGAUACACUGAUAACAAAUUUAAUCCAAAAUUCAUCACGACAGUCGGGAUAGACUUCCGGGAAAAGCGAGUGGUGUACAACAGCAGAGGACCAAAUGGAUCUCCAGGAAAAGCCUUCAAGGUACAUCUCCAGCUCUGGGACACAGCUGGACAGGAAAGGUUUCGAAGCCUCACCACAGCAUUUUUCAGGGAUGCUAUGGGCUUUCUGCUGAUGUUUGAUCUCACCAGCCAGCAGAGCUUCUUUAAUGUCAGAAAUUGGAUGAGUCAGCUCCAAGCCAAUGCAUAUUGUGAGAAUCCAGAUAUAGUCCUAAUUGGGAACAAAGCUGAUUUAUCAGACCAAAGGGAGGUGAAUGAAAGGCAAGCAAAAGAUCUGGCAGACAAAUAUGGCAUACCCUACUUUGAAACAAGUGCAGCUACUGGGCAGAACGUGGAGAAGGCUGUGGACACACUUCUGGACUUGAUAAUGAAACGGAUGGAGCAGUGUGUGGACAAGACACAGGCCUCUGACACAGCCAACGGGGGGAGCUCGGGCAAGCUCGACUCGGCACCACCCGCGGAGUUUUUUUCUGCUGAACGGCUGAGUGGAGAAGCUGUGAAUGAGGAGCAGCCUGUUGUGUCUUACCCACCUGCUGGAGGUGAAACGGUUCUUCUUGUCGGGGCGUCGUUCACCUUCCAGCUCAACCCUUCAGCAGCCUCUGGAUCCACCACCACCACCUUUGGAGUGUUCCCUUCUGUUCUGCUGCUGUGA